UACGGCGGGGGGAGGGGCGUACAGUUGGGCUCGGGGCGGCGCUAGAGAGCCUGGCCAGUGCCCGGGAGUGUGACUGGGGCGGGCCUGUCAGCUCGGCUGUACGAGUUAUGGACGCUUCGCCUGAUCUCUCCCGGCAUCUGGUUCACCAAUCCAGUUUUGGAAUGAGGACCCCGCAAAGCCCCUCAAAUGACUAUCCCCGAGAGGGAAGAAAUAGUGAAAAUGUCCGUUCAUUAGCUCUGUCUGGUCAUGUGGGGUUUGACAGUCUACCAGAUCAGCUAGUUAAUAGAUCAGUCCAUCAAGGCUUUUGCUUCAAUAUUCUAUGUAUAGGGGAGACUGGAAUAGGCAAAUCCACACUGAUAAACACCCUGUUCAAUACUAAUUUUGAAGAAAAUGAAUUCAGUCAUUAUGAGCCUUCCGUAAAAUUAAAAGCACAAACGUAUGACCUUCUAGAGAGCAAUGUGCGCUUGAAGCUGACGAUUGUGAAUACAGUGGGCUUCGGGGACCAGAUAAAUAAAGAAGACAGCUACAUGCCCAUCGUCGACUAUAUUGACACACAGUUUGAAGCCUAUUUACAAGAAGAGUUAAAGAUAAAGAGACUAUUAUACAGAUACCAUGACAGCCGAAUUCAUGUGUGCCUUUACUUCAUCUCUCCCACUGGCCAUUCCCUCAAAUCUCUGGAUCUUAUAACCAUGAGGAAGCUGGACAGCAAGGUGAACAUCAUACCUGUUAUUGCUAAAGCAGACGUGAUCUCAAAGUCGGAACUACAGAAAUUCAAAGCCAAGCUGAUGAGCGAGUUGGUCAGCAAUGGUGUGCAGAUUUACCAGUUUCCAACUGAUGAUGAGACCAUCAGCAAGCUGAAUGCCUCAAUGAAUACACAGCUUCCUUUUGCAGUGGUGGGGAGCAUGGAGGAAGUUAAGAUUGGAAACAAAAUGGUAAAGGCUCGGCAGUAUCCGUGGGGUAUUGUGCAAGUGGAAAACGAGAACCACUGUGAUUUUGUAAAGUUGCGUGAAAUGUUGAUUUGCACUAAUAUGGAGGACUUGAGGGAACAGACUCACAGCAAGCAUUAUGAACUGUAUCGCCGCUGCAAGUUGGAGGAAAUGGGAUUUCAAGACAUGGGUCCCGGAGAUAAGCCAGUAAGUGUGCAAGAAACGUAUGAAGCAAAGCGACAAGAGUUCUUCGAGGAUUUGCAGAGGAAGGAGGAAGAGAUGAGACAGACCUUUGUGCAGAGAGUAAGAGAAAAGGAGACCGUGUUGAAAGAAGCUGAAAGAGAGCUUCAGAAUAGAUUUGAGCAGCUGAAGAGGCUUCAUCAUGAUGAAAGGACAAAUCUAGAAGACAAACGGAAAGAGUUACAGGAGGAAAUCAAUGCAUUUCAUAAACGUAAAGCAGCAGCAGAGCUCCUACAAGGACAAGCAUUUGGAAGUGUUGCCAACACCAGCUUAAAAAAGGACCGCAAAACUUUCAUGUGAUUGGAUGACACUGGUCUAUGAUACUACACAAUUAGAUCUGCGUCUUUUCAUAAUUUUUUUUACAACACAAAAUGUGUUCCUGAAAUCCAGACUACUUAAAGCAAAGUACAAGAAACAACAAGCACUGCAGCAAGAAAUGGACAAUCACUAACCCAAAUGCGUGGUAACCCUGCCAGCAGACCACUGGGCUCUUUACAAUUCUGGAGAUCAUUCAUACAAAGGAAAAUACAAGAGAGUUUGAUGGCAACUUUCUCAGUGUAGCUUUUUGUAGCAGUUUUUGAUGCAGUUUUUUGAGCCCAAAGCUAGAAGUGGGUUGGAAGGGAAUGAGAACUUAGGCUUCUCCUUCCUUCUGGAUCCACUUCUGGCUUUGGUUCAAAAAAUGUCACAAAAAAACCCUGUAUGGUACCACCCUUACAAGACUGUUGUUAGCUCAUUUGUGUUCUAAUGGAUCAGUUGCAUGUUAUUAGAGGGACUGU